UGGCUUUUUUCUUUCACUUCCAUCUUCUUGUCUCCCUCUCUAUCAUCAAUUUCUCUCUCUAGAAGACCCGCCGCCGGCAAGUUCUCCGUCAACGCCGUGCUCGUUAGUUUUGUGAUUAGUCCUUCAACUGAGAAUUCACAAGGGGCAUAAAGAUGAAGAAGCUUUUCUUUUUCAAGUCAUCUGCAUCUAGCAAUGGUACAAACAGUCUAGCAUCAUCUCAAUCAAAAGAUAAGCAAUUGCAUUCUGAGAAAUCGUUAGAAGGGACCUGUAAAUCCAGAUCCAAAAAGGCUGCAUAUGAAGAUCAAAGCAGUCCAGUUCUUAGAAAGAGCCGAUCGUAUUCAUCUGGUACUGUUCAUGAUAGUGGGCUGCUAAGAACUCAGAGUGACUCUCCUUGUAGUAGCAGCAGCAAUUUCUCUCACAAACAAUCGGCUUCUCAUUCUUUGCAUCGAGCUCUAACACCUGAGAGGCAUUCAAGGGCAAAAUGGUGUGAAGAUCCUACCAUAGAUGGUGCACAGAGGAUAGAGAAAUUCAUAUUUGCUGGAGUUGAUAACGUUUCAUCCGAAAGCUCAUCUUAUUGCUCAACUAAUGCAUCAAAUAAGGUUCUUGAUCGAUACAUUGAUGGUGAACAACACCAAGAAAAGAGUUACAUGCAGAUGAAUUCCAACACAAGAAGUCAUGUCUGUCAAUCAAAUGGUGACGGAAAAAGACCGCCACGAGUCCAGUAUGCAGCACCGUCAUCACCUUUUGAUGGCGGUUUGACACAGAAACCAAGGGCGCAUUCGUUUAGAGAUCCUAAUAGAGAAUCUAAACUCUAUAUGUCAACUAGAGAUUGGGUAGAGAAUGGUGCUGCACAUGAAUCCCCAAGAAAACUUGCGAAGCAGGUCAUGGAAAGACUUUCUCAGUCUCGUCGUUUGCCUAGGGUGGACUCGGAACAGUUUGAUCAUGAUACCCCGAUCACAAUCGAAGAUAUCUAUGGCAGGUCCCAAAAUUGUUUGCCUUCAGAUGGACCUGUUAAAGAAACUUCAAGUUUCAAAGAAAGGAACUAUGGGCUUGAUGAUAAUUGCAGCAGGGUUUUGGAAUAUGAGGAAUCAGAAGAGGCGGAUGAGAUUUCAUUACUGAGGGCUGAAUUGGAUUCACGAACACGGAAAUUGGAGAAAGAGAAAAACGAGUUGCAGUCGGCAUUGGAGAAGGAGUUAGACAGGAGGUCAACUGAGUGGUCAAUGAAGCUCGAGAAAUACCAAAUGGAAGAGCGUAGGCUUCGGGAGCGAGUAAGGGAGCUUGCAGAGCAAAAUGUGUCUCUUCAAAGGGAAGUCUCGUUGUUUGGGGAACGGGAAUUGGAUAAUCAGAGCAGGUUGAUACAUUCGGGUCAACAAGUCAAGGAUCUAUCUGCAAAGAUGGAAGAAGUAACCAAUCAGAAUCAAAAUCUACAUCAAAAUCUUUCAGAAUUACAGGAUAAAUACAGAGCAGCCGAAGAAGAUCUUGACUGCUUCAAAAGAAACUAUGCAGAUAAAGAUAAAGAGUGCAAGGAGUUGCAUAGUGCUGUUACAAGAUUGCUUAGAACCUGCAGCGAACAAGAGAAAACGAUUGAAGGGUUGCGUGAGGGGCUUAGUGAGGAAGUGAGGAAGAAAGGGUCGGUGGAGAACAAGUUUGACCAUAACCAGCAGUCAAAGCUGCAAAUCGAGCACUUGAGGUUAACUGGGGUCGAACAAACUUUGAGGAAGGAGGUGGAAUCGUACAGGCUAGAAGUUGAUUCUCUUAGACAUGAAAAUAUAAACCUUUUACACCGUUUGAAAGGGAGUUCCAAAGACGGUGGCUUUUCGACCUUCAAGCUGGAUCAAGAACUAUGGAGCUGCGUUCAUUGCUUGCAAAAUCAAGGAACGUGCUUGAUUAAUGAUAACGUUCAGCUAUGCUCUAAGUUACUGGAAAAUGUGAAAGAAAGAGCAUUAAACUCUGAUAAUGAAGCGUCAAAAAAUGGGUUAGACAGCCAAUUCAUUAUGGAAUCAGAUAUGAAACUCCAAGGGUUUAAAAGGGGUGCCGAAAGCCUAACAAGAAGUUUGCAGACGGUAUCUGAUGUUCUACGUGAGAAAUCCUGCACAGGAACUCUAUAUAGUGACUGCUCUGAGGAGGUUGUUAAGUCUGAUUUGAAAGCAGAAUGUUUAAUGACAAGUUUGCUUCGGGAAAAACUGUAUGCGAAAGAGGUGGAUGUAGAGCGACUGGAGGCUGAGGUGGCGACGGGUGUUAGAGGAAAUGAGAUUCUUAGAUGUGAGGUACAAAAUGCAAUGGAUAAUCUUUCAUGCAUCACUCACAAGAUGAAAGACCUUGAAAUUCAGGUGAUGAAAAAGGAUGAAAGCAUUUAUCGGCUGCAAAAUGAUCUACAAGAUUGCAAAAAAGAAUUAAGUGUCGUAAAUGGGAUAUUACCAAAAGUGUCGGAGGAACGAGAUAUGAUGUGGGAGGAGGUGAGACAGUACAGUGAGAAUAACAUGCUGUUGAGUUCUGAAGUUGGGAUGUUGAAGAAGAAAGUAGAGGCUUUGGAUGAAGAGGUAUUAUUGAAAGAAGGCCAGAUUUCAAUCCUGAAAGAUGCUCUUGGGAAGCAGCCCUUUGAUCUUCUUUCCAGCAGUGAAGGCUUCUUGCUGCAGUAGUUGCUUAAUAUGUUCAUACUCUUAAUACAUAAUUUUGUGUGGAUUUUUUCUUUCUUACUUUCUUCAAAGAGUUUGGGAUGGUUUUCUUUUGUUUUUUGUAAGUAAAACUGGUAAAUGGUGAUAGUUUGUGAACAAAUGUUUACAUAU